AAAUCCAACACGAGGGAGCUAAGUUGCACCACACUUCCAUUUCAUACCAAGCGCCGCGAUCCUAUCCACUCCUCCGGCUCACAAAGCUUACGGCGUGUCAUGGCGAUCGACGACCGGUGCCCCGCAUUUGGGGACGACGGCGGAGGCGAAGCGACCGCCAUCGAGGACCUGCCCACGGACGUCCUGGCCCUCGUGCUCCGCCGGCUCGACGGCGCCUCGCUGGCCGCGCUCGGGUGCGCGAGCUCCACCUUCCACGACCUCGCCACCGACCCGGACGCGUGGCGCGCGCUCUGCCUCGCGCUGUGUCCCUCGGUCCGCGACGUCGUCCGUGACGGCGACGGCGCCAAAGGCGCCCACCGGCAGCUCUUCGCCGACGCGUUCCCGUUCCCGUCCCCGGCCGUGUCGCCGUCGUCGGCCGUCCCGCGCUGCGGCCUCCCCACGCGGCUCGUCUCGGCCGUCGACCUGCACCACCGGGGCGCCUGCAUCAUGUCGCGCGUCGUGGAGACGGAUGCCUCGGGGUGGUUCCUGGGCUCGCCGUUCCGCGUCGACGCGCUCGUGCAGGAGGGCUUCUCGGCGCCGACCUCGAUCGCGCCGGCCGAGCUGGCACUGAGCUGGGUCCUGAUCGACCCGGCGUCCGGCCGUGCCGUGAACGCCUCGAGCCGGCGCCCGGUGUGCGUCGACCGGAGGUGGCUCACAGGGGAGGCCGUCGUUCGGUUCGCCGUGGUUCUCGGCGACGUCGUCCUGGACGCGGCAGUCACGUGCGACGAGCGGUACGGGCACGUCAGAGAGGUGAGCUUGUGCAUGGAGGACGGCGAGGGCGGCGGCGUGAGCGGGCGGGACGGGCUGGCCGUGGUUGCCGCGGCCAUGGCCGGCGCGAGGCAGGGACGCGGCGCCGAGGAGGCGGCGAGGCUGCGGUACCAAGAGUUCGUGAAGGGGAGGACGGACAGGAAGAAGCGGAAGGCGAGGCGGGAAGGCAUCAUCGACCUCUGCUGCUCCGUCGUCGGAGCAGCGGCGUUCCUGGGGUUCCUUUUGAUGCUGACGUUCCGGUGACCGUACGACGUUCGGCACGCGCGCUGACAGCACAAGCAAUGCAAAUAGCAGAAAACAAAUCGUUGACACCCACAAGAAUUGUAAUAUGUAAAUAUACAGGUCUUUCACAAUACUAGCAAUGGCCAUUUAUCCAAGGCUCAUCGCACUACUGAUCCUU